GCGUAAACUUUCCAGCGCACAUGCUGCGGUGCUGCUGCGAGACCCAGCCCGAGGAUGGCUCCUCGCCCGUGCCCGCUGUACACAAAGAGGAAGCGCAGGCAGCAGGUGUGCGCGGAGGAAGGCGCCGUGCAUGGGCACAGCAAAUGGCCAAAAGGCGGUCGGGGGAGUCGGGGCUCCAACACGGGGUGUCCCGAUUCAGACACGAGCCCCCUUUGGCCGUUGUUUUUUUUGGCUUCCUGCCUGCUUCUGCCGUUGGCUCAAACACGCACCCCGGCACGCACAUAUGCACUAUGAGCGAUGAGCACCAGCCUCCGCAGACCGCUGCCACUGUACAUCGGCGUCCACACACCACAGCAUCAUGAUCCGAGUAAUGCGUGCCAUCCUGCUUGGUUUUCCCGAGCAAGGCUCUGACAACAAGGGACCUGGAAAAAGCCAUGGCCUGGACGAGACAGAGAGAGGACCAUCUCCUCCUGACGAUCGCGCGGCUUGUUCGAGGAAACCUCGGACGCGACAAACCGCAGCAGCGGCAGCUUCAGCAGCCGGUACUUGUCCGCCUCGAGGGCGGGGAGGUCGAGCCUGUCCGCGACCACCGGCAGGGGCGUCGGCGACAAAGGGGACCCGCCGUUUGACAUGAUGGAACUGGGAGCGAGCACGGGCGGGGCGGCGGCGCCCGCGCCGGUGGUGACAGUGGACCCAGACACGGACGAUAGCCCAUGACGAAUCUCGCACCGGCUAAACAAAAGCCGCAGCAGCAAAGGAGGGAUUGCGGCAGGAGAAACGGGGACGGCCACAGCAGCGGCAGCAGCAGACGAGGCAGCGCCAACAGGGUGGAGGAGAGCUACACUCUUAGAGAGGACGGGGACGGGCAGAAUUGGACUAUCACGCGAUAGCGGUGGCGAGGAGAGUUGUAUACAAGGGAGCAGGAGAGGACUGGAGUGGGCAACCAAGACCACGGGCAACCAAUGAAGCGGAGGCUCGGAAGAUGGUCAAACAGAGGCUCGGGGGUGGUUGAGUGGGGAGCUGUGUUGUUGCUUUUUGACAUUUGAAGGUUGGGGUGUAGGAAUCCACAGGGAACCUUGCUGGUUGCUUCGUUUUUUGUGAAUACUUGUGGCUACUUUAUUCGUCCCCCCUGUUGUGUUUUGCGCGUGGUGAUGGGAGAGCCUGGUCCGGUGAGAACCCGGCGUGCUCCGUCCCGGCUUUGUAGGGAUGUGAGGUCAAUGGUCUAACGACUACGGCAUGCACGACUAUCCCCCCUCCCCCCCCUGUUGUGUUGUAUUGGUGUGAUGAGGUAGCCGGUUCUCAAGCUUAAUAUCUGCUGCACCCGCUGUUCCCGCAUAUGCAUAGGAGGUGGCCUGCAAAAUGUUUCUGUUAUGGCCGACCGUGUGUUGUACCGAGACUUUGGGGCUGUCGCGCGAACGCAUAUCGGUGAAGAAUUGUGCCUUUCCGGUGCAUUUGCGAUGCUGCGAGGGUGCGUUUCGGGCACGGUUUUGCUAUCAAAGCAGAGGCUUGGCAAUAUUCAGCAUUCUGCCAAGGGUCGAGUCUUGGAGGCUUCGCCGAUGAUGCGUCACGGCCCUAGUAUACUUGUCGCUUGACAGUCGGCAAGAUUUGAGAGUUCGUAUCGCGUUUUGUUUUUGUUCGGACAUGGUUGAAGACGAUAGCAGUUUUGGUUUUGGACUUCGGAAUUUUCUGGCACAUGUUGGUAGUUUGUCCGUGGGGAACUUUCGUAUUCUAUUAUGUUGCCUGUUUGACUCAGGAUGAUGUUUUUUCUUUCAUCAAAGCUUCUCGGACUCAGACUCAGAACUAUGCCCGUACGUGUCUAGUGAUGUUUUCAGCAACGCCGUGUACGUUCCCAUGCACCUAUUUGCAGUUCGGUUCUUACAGCAGUUAACGGGGACGUCUUUCGACUUGUCUAUUGAGGAAUGAAUGCUGACGGUGCGACGGCCAACGAGAUACUACUUUGCCCUGGUGUAGGGGCGGGAUGUCGUUUUCAUUGGCAGAUUCUCUCAGGCACGUUCAUAGACAGUCGUUUUUCUUCGUUCGUCAGUUUUCCGUUGCGGGGAUGUACCCCGCACACUUGUUACCCACGCAUGUUUGUGUGUUUUUUGUUUCCAAGUUGAUGGGGAUAGUCUUUGACUUGGCGACAUACCGUUGGGCGAGGUGAUACGCAACGAAGUGUAGUGCUUUGGUCUAGAGAUUUCGGUUUGUUUUUUUGUUGAUAAGGCACUGUGCUUCUCUUUGAGCACGUGCGUAUAUAGGCAGCCGUGUGCUUCGGUGGUUCUCAAUUGUUUCGUCCUUGUUUUCGUCACGGGGAUGCACCUAUUCCGUACUAAGUCGUAAGAUGUUCGUGAUUUGGUAAAGAGAUUUGGAAAGUUGCCCUGUUUCAACGUCGAAGGCCGUAGUAACUUGUCGAUGCUUGAGCUUUUGUUUUUCUGUACAGUCGAAACGUGCCGCCUCUUGGUUCCAAAUCUUUGGAGCGGAAAUUUGAAACAUUAUUGGUUCGUUUAAAACGGCCCUUAACCUGGUGUGUGUUGCUUCUAAGCGAUCAAUUCGAAUAUAUCUAUGCAACGGGCGUAAGUUGUACACCCCCCUCAGAGAAUAUUAUAAGAGAGCGACAAAAGUGACAUGAACAGCAGAAGGUGCAUGUUUCCCAGCAGUCUCCACUGGAAGAAACGCACCACAUGCUCCGGGGGAUAUAUUGUCCCCCACUCCCUCCCGAGGAAGUUCUCUGGCUAUUCCUCUGGAGUUUUUCUUUGGAAUCCAAACCGCAAUCCUCAGAGGAUUGCCCAAGAAAGCGGAUCCUCUGAUUUGGUAAAAACGUGAUCCUCCCCAGAGGAAACCCCUCACCCAAAACUCUGGAGGAUCACCUUCCUAAAUCCUCUGGAGGAAGUUGUAAUGUAUUCCCCGUGGAGUAUUUCUUCCAACGAUCCUCCAGAGGAUUUCGAACAGUGAUCCUCCAGGGCUUUGGGUGAGGGUUUCCUCUGGGGGGAUAACCUUUUUACCAAAUCAGAGCUUCCGCUUUUUUGGGCAAUCCUCUGAGGAUUGCCGUUUCACCUAUCCU